AUAAAAAAAUAAAAAAAGCAAAAACAACAUUAUCUAAACACAUUUUAUCUUUAGAUUAUCUUCCUAUCCUAAUUUCCCUCAAACAUGAACCGCGAAUGAGUAGAGCUCUGAAAAAACCACUUUGUAGCCGCACCUAAUUUCCAAAACAUUGUAGCCACGAAUUAGAACACGCAAGUUUCAACCAGGAGUGAGGUGUACACUUUUGGGUUUGGUGGAUUAAUAGAAGUAAGCAUGGUUUUGUCCCUUUCUUGUGCUAUCACAAAGCCAUUCUUUAAGGUCCAGAGCAGCUUGAAUUAUCAACUUGAUAGAACAAAUGGUGUAGUAGCAUUGAUAAGGUGUGAAUCAAAAGACUCAUCAGGGGAGAAAGAGUUGCCAGAAAAACGUUCAAAGUUGGAGAUAGGGUCUCCCAUUAUUGUUACUGAAGCUCCCAAGGUGAUUAAGACUGCAGCUUCUGUCCCGUGCCUCAGGGUGAAUUCUGGCUUAGUAAAGCCUGGUGAUGUUGGAAGAAUUGUUUCAAGAAAACCUAAAGAUGUGUGGGCAGUGCGACUCAGCAUUGGAACUUAUCUUAUAGAUGGAAAAUAUUUCAAGCCCUUGGAUCUGGCCGAGUAUGACUGAGAAAGUUGUGUGUAAAACACCCUCACUCCUUUCCAACCAUUGGGUGCCCCUUGACAUAUAAUAUUUUAGCAAAGCUGUAUAAAUUAAUUGAACAAACUAUUAUGAUAUGCUUUUCGUGUUUUAUUAAAAAAGUGUAAGUUGCCUUGUUUUAAUUUUUGGUAAGAAAGUUAAGUAAGGAAAGCUUAAUCUUUUGGGCUUGGUCA